GCGCAGCUGACCUUCGCUGGCAAAAUCUACUUGAAGCACUUUUGAUCCAAGAGGGAAGAACACAGACUGUUGAAGAUUUGAACUGGGCUGAACGGUGUAACCUUCUGAGGAAGAAUCCUGUGGUCGCAGCUCAAAUGUUUGACUAUAGAUGGCAUUGUUUUUGAAGCUUGUUCUCCUGUCAUCUGCUCAUCCCCUUGGUAAAAUUGUUGAUUAUUUUUACCGAGUAGAGUUCCAAGCAAGAGGCUCUGCCCACAUCCACGCCCUGUUCUGGGUACAAGAUGCACCUAGAAUUGAUCAAAAUACAGACGAAGAAGUCAUUGCCUUUGUAGAUAAAUAUAUUACCUGCCAGCUUCCAGAAGAUGAUCCCAAAUUAUUGGAAAUGGUUAAAACUCUACAGACCCACUCUAAACAUCACUCUAAAACUUGUCGGAAAAACAAGACCGUCUGCAGAUUUAAAUUCCCACGCCCACCAUCUCAGAGGACUUUCAUCAAAAGAGCACGGCAAACACCCAUUUGUCCGAAAUGCCAUUUGAAGAAUGAAGAGGCAGAGUGCGUGUGUCCACCAGAUGAUCCAACUCGGAUGGGCAAAGAACGCGCACAAACCAUCAUGUCUGAUCUACAAAAUGGUCUUCGGAAUGAAAUUGCAAAGACCACCGCAGAACUGCAAGCAAAAGUCGGGAUUACACAGAAUGUUUUUGAAGAAGCGUAUCAAGUUUUAGACGGGCAUACAUGUAUUGUUUUAAAAAGAGAAGUGGAUGAAGUCUGGAUAAACCAAGCUAACUGGGAUUUGUUGUCGAUUUGGGAGGCAAAUAUUGAUGUUCAGUAUGUGGUUGACGGCUAUGCUUGUGCGGCUUAUAUUGUGAGCUACAUUUCAAAAGGUGAGAAAGAAAUGGGCUUGUUGCUUGGAAGUGCACAAAAGGAAGCACUGGAAGGCAACGAGAAUGCUAAAGACGCUAUGAAGAAACUGGGAAGCGUUUAUAUAAACAACCGUGAGGUGUCUGCACAGGAAGCUGCUUAUCGAGUGACUGGAAUGCAUCUCAAAGAGUUUUCCCGCAAAGUGUCUUUUAUUCCCACAGGUGAUAACAUUGUCCGUCUUACAAAACCCAUAAAGCAACUGGAAACCAGUUCAUCUGAAGACAUUUGGAUGACUAACAUCACCGACCGUUAUAAGAAUAGACCAGAUGACAGCACAUUUAACGACAUGUGUAUUGCCGUUUUUGUAUCGGAAUAUCGCGUAUUGUACAAAGGUCAAACCAGCCGGAACCCGAUUCUUCUCCAAAACUCUCUGGGUGCCAUAACUAAGAGAGUUAAUACACAACCUGCUGUUAUUCGAUAUGCCCGGUUCUCUCAAACACAACGUCCAGAACAGUUCUUUCAGAGUAUUUUACAGCUGUUUCUCCCUUAUUGUGCAGACAGCGACCUGAUGCCUCCACCACAUACUGCAUUUGAAGAAUUUUACAACAGCGGACAGAUUGUUCUUUCCAAUGGAUCUGUGUGUUCUGUAAAAUCUGUAGUUGAUGCAAAUCAAAAGAGAUUUGACAAACACACUGAAGACUUGGAAGCAAUUGAAGACGAAGUCAGCAUGAAUGCAAAUUUGGAAGACGCAUGGUGUGCCCUCUGCCCUGCCCAACAGCUUGAAAGGCUGGAAGAUAAGGACGAAGGUGUGGAAAGAGAUGAAGAGGAAGUCCAUGCCGAGUUACUACAAAUUCCUGAAUUGGCUGUUAGAAAAGAAGACAUCGUCCAGUUUGAAAAAGCAAAAACAUUAACUAGACAAGAGGGUUUAAGUUUAAUUCGAUCCUUAAAUGACCAACAGAUGGCCAUUUUCACCCAAAUUCGACAGUGGUGUUUGCAGAAAAUUAUGAAUCAAAACCCAGAGCCUCUGCGCACAUUUAUAACCGGCGGAGCAGGCACUGGAAAAAGUCAUCUCAUUAGAGCGAUACAAUACGAAGCAACAAGACUUUUGGCACCUUUAUGUUCUACUCCAGAUGGGGUUAGCGUUUUGCUAACUGCACCUACUGGAAUAGCAGCAUAUAAUCUAAAGGCUACAACCAUUCACUCCACGUUUAGCAUCGGCAUGGACUGCCGUCUCCCCUACGUACCACUGAGUGAAGACAAACUCAAUACUCUGAGAGUUCAGUUCAACGAUCUUCAUAUUGUCAUCAUAGACGAAGUUUCAAUGGUUUCAUACAACUUAUUGGUUUACAUUCACGGUAGAUUACGACAGAUUAAACAAAGUGGCGAUUCCCCAUUUGGUAACAUUAGUAUUAUUGCAGUUGGCGACUUUUACCAAUUACCUCCGGUAAAAGGUAAACCUUUGUAUGAUGCACGAGUUGGUUAUAAUCUGUGGGAAGACUUGUUUCGCAUUGCGGAGUUGACAACGGUUGUACGGCAACAAGACACCACAUUUGCAGAUCUGCUGAACCGCUUAAGGACCCGGUCAAGAAAGACACCCAUGCUCCCAGAAGAUGAAGAUCUUUUAAGAAGCCGUGAAACGGGACAAAACUCCACUGCUUUGCAUAUCUUUCCCACCAACACACAGGUGGAAAGACACAAUCUCGAACAGGUCCGAAUCACCUGCCCGGAUUACAUAACGGUCACAGCACAAGAUUACAGCUACAGUAAAAAAACUGGUAAACUGAUUGAAUUCACGGAGGGAGUUGUUAAAACAAAAAACACCUCGCUACUUGAUGAAUUGCCUGUUGGUGUCAAUGCACGUGUAAUGCUGAUUAAAAACGUGGAUGUACCUGAUGGUCUGGUGAAUGGUGUAUGUGGCACAGUAACCCACAUAGACAAUCCACCAAACAGAAGACUUCCUCUGGCAAUUUAUGUCAAGUUUGACGAGGACUUAAUUGGCGCACAGAAGAGAAGCCGGACUAUCACUCCACCAGGCCUGACUGGUUCUACACGGAUAGAACCAGUAGAAGAUCAAGCUAAUAAAAAGGGGGAGAAGCGGCGGCAGUUUCCCCUUAAAUUAGCGUGGGCCUGCACAGUGCACAAGGUACAAGGUCUUACCGUUGAUGAAGCUGUGGUGGGUCUGAACCACACUUUUACAGCAGGUCAAGCCUAUGUUGCCUUGAGCCGUGUCAGGAGUUUGGAAGGCCUCAUAAUUCAAAACUUCGAACCAAAGAAAAUUUACUGGAACGGCAAGAUUAGGCCAGCAUUAGACAAAAUGCUUCCUUUCGUGGUCACUGACCAGUCAUUGCACAUGCAAGAAACUCAAGUAUUCAACUUGUUUUUCAUGAAUGUGCAAGGACUCCCACAACAUGUGUCUGAUUUACAGUUAUGUAUGCAGCCCUUCCAUCCCCACUGUGUUUCUGUUACAGAAACAUGGCUAAAUCUACAGUCACUCGAACAAACCCAUAACAUUUCAGGUUACAGUUUCCACAGUCAACCACGCAGUUUAGCUUAUCAAAGUAGCCAUAACCCUGCACUUGUAAAAUUGCAGACACAACAACAUGGUGGAGUUGGAAUGUACUGUCAAGACGGUCAUUCUUACAACACUGUCUCAUUGCAGUCUUCUAAUCUGGAAUGUUUGGCUAAACAUUUUACAGAACAUGACAUUCUCAUUGCUGUCAUCUACAGACCACCUUCAUACCCAAUGACACUUUUUAAACAUCAUUUAAACAAACUGAUAAAUUGGCUUGAUUCGAACUAUAGUAACAUCGCUAUUGUGGGAGACUUUAAUGACAACAUAUUGAAAUCAUCAAAUAUUUUAAAUUUCAUGCAAAAAAAAGGAUUUGUUCAAUGUGUUGCCUCUCCCACUACAGAACAGGGCACUUUAAUUGAUCACAUGUAUUUAAAGUCCUCAAAAUUUGAAGUUGACACAUGUGUUGUACCAACUUAUUUCAGUGACCACGAAGGGGUAGCAUGUUGUUUCAGGUACAAAAACAUAACAAACAAUUAGUCUGUUUAAUUUUCAGCUGCUGUGUUGCCUUACAACAUUGUCCUUGAUGCAGUUUGUUGUGCGCUUUCUUUUUUCUGAUUAGCAAUUGAUAAAGGCUUGAUAAUCUAGGUGUUUGUGUAGUUGGUUGGUUUUUGCUUGGAUUGGCUUGUGUUGUUGAAUCUAUUUAUCCUGGUGCUUUAUUGGUUUGCCUUUGGUUUGGAUAUCGUAGCAGCUAAUUGGUUUUUGCUCAUGCAUCAUGGUUCUAGUGUAAUGUUUUCCUUGUAAUGUGCAUAUAAUGUAUUCUCCUGUUUUAAUAUGUAGAUGUAUGUACAAUUAUUGCUUGAUAAUACUGUGAAUUUUUAAGACAUUGUAAAAAUGUGUACAUUUGUGAAAUAUUUUUUCAUUUAAUUUGAACCCAAUUUGCUUGUAAUCUUAAGUGUAAUGUAAAUGUUCUAACCCGGAACAUCCUGUUAAUGUAAUAUAUACACUGACCAAAACAAUCUGUGCAAUAACUUGUAUAACUAAUGUGUAACAUCUCUCUGUAAAUAAACCUGUUUAUAGUGUAUAGUGUAGUGACAAUAAAGACAUUCUGUUGUAUUAAUAAUGUAAUUUUCUUCAAAUUGUAGAGAUACUGGAAAUGUAUGUAGGCCUAUUGAACUAAUUGUUACCUUGCAUGUAAAAACACAUAUUCAUAAUAUUUCUGAAGCAUGUUAAUAAAUUUAGUUUUCUGCAUUCAUGUUUGUAUCUAAUGUGCCAAAGAUUUCAUUAAAAAAACUAUUUUUUUUUUAAAUUAGUCAUUAAAAAUAA